AAACAAGAAAAGAGUGUUCCCUUUAUUUUUUAUUAAAAGCAAGUGAUUGUAAUAGAAAACGAACAAAAGCAAACACUUUAAGAAAAUGCUAGAAAAAUGCACCACUUUACGUCGUGUGAUAAGUUGAUGACACAUAUUUCUCUCGUUUUGACCGCAUUCCUGCUGUUUUAUUUUUUAUUCCUGCCUUCAACAUUGACAACCGUCGAAGCCACUCCCGAGGAUGAAGCAGUCGGAAAAUGGGCGACGCAAUUCGGUGAUGAACUUUGGGAAUUAGCUCAACGUAUGACAAAGUCUCAGGAAAUUAAAGCGAAAUAUAAGGAGUAUAACGCCCGAGUAGAACUGAAAAAUGGCACCGAACUUAUAAAGUACAUAACAGCUAAUGUAGGCAAAAUGUUGGCACGCAAAAUGGAUGCUAUUAAAUGCAUUUUACGUAAAGCUGAGUCCACCUACGAGGAGUUUGAGUACAAUGAAACCUAUGCGCUGAGCGAGUUUCAAUAUUAUUCAAGUAAAUAUUCACAGUUUGAGGGUAAAGCUAUAGAAGAACUGCCGGAAAAUAUGAGAGAAGAUGUACGAAUGUACUUAAAUUUUACUUUAAACCCGGAUACACAUUUUUAUAAUAUAUCUGUGGAUACCGAGCAUAGUUCCGUCCAUGUGCCCACCAAUGUUUAUGAUAGAGGUACGAAGACCUUGAAAGCUAUUAUGUGGACAGAGGAAUUAGAUGAAGUGUUCAGGCAAAAUUAUCAAGCAGAUCCAGCUUUAUCAUGGCAAUACUUCGGAUCCGAUACUGGCAUUUUACGUCAUUACCCGGCUUCGCAAUGGCAAGAGCACGACAAUAGCGAUAAUGCCGAUACCUAUGAUUGUCGCAAACGUUCCUGGUAUAUUGAAACGGCCACCUGUUCUAAGGAUAUCGUUAUUUUGCUGGACAAUUCAGGCUCAAUGGCUGGCUUCCGACGACAUGUCGGCAAAUUCACUAUACGCAGCAUAUUGGACACGUUUUCCAAUAAUGACUUCUUUACGGUUUUUAAUUACUCAGCCAAAGUAAGCGAUUUGAUACCAUGUUUCAAGGGGGCUUUAGUUCAAGCUACGCCUGAAAACAAAAAUGUUUUUAAUGAUGCUAUCAGCAAAAUGGAACCCACCGGAUACGCUAAUCUUUCGCUGGCUUACGAAAAGGCUUUUCAGUUGUUGAAGAAGUAUUAUAUACAAAGACGUUGUAAUGAAACAUCUACUUGCAAUCAAGCCAUUAUGCUGGUCACGGAUGGUGUGGCGGGCAAUACCACAGAAAUUUUCGAAAAGUAUAACUGGGGUAAUGGGGAAAAUGGUACUAUGAAUAUGCGCGUACGUAUAUUCACGUAUUUAUUAGGAAAAGAAGUAACGAAAGUUAGAGAGAUACAAUGGAUGGCUUGCCUAAAUCGCGGUUACUAUUCACAUGUACAAACUCUAGACGAAGUCCAAGAGGAGGCCUUAAAAUAUGUUGACGUUAUAGCGACACCCUUGGUAUUACAAAAUAUCGAACAUCCACCCACGUGGACACAUUCCUUUACCGAUAAAAGUUAUGUGCCAGGUGAAAAUGCAACAGAUACAAGGCUAAUGAUAGCUGUGGGCAUACCGGCAUUUGAUCGUUCCUAUAUGAAACCGAAUUCGUCGGCAAAGGCUCGUUUACUUGGUGUGGCCGGAACCGAUGUGCCUGUUGAAGAUAUUGACAAAUUGACCCUGCCAUAUAAGCUUGGAGUAAAUGGCUACUCUUUUGUGGUGUCCAAUAAUGGUUAUGUGUUACUGCAUCCGGAUUUAAGGCCUAUAACGACGGCUGGCAUUUUGAAUCCUAAUUACAAUAGCAUCGAUUUAACUGAGGUUGAGCAACUUUUUGAAGAUAAUUCUCCUCGUGAACCCGGUAGCUCUAUCUUAGAACUACGAAGCGCCAUGGUACGCCAUCAAACGGGUGAAUUUAAGGAUCUUAGCGUUAAACUACAUUACGAUAAAAUGCGACGCGUGUCGGAAGAGAAGCAAGAUUAUUUUUUUGCUCCUCUUCCUAAUACUCCAUUUUCAUUGGGCAUCGUCUUACCCAGUGAGUAUGGCAAAACGUGGAUUAAGGUGGGCGAAGAAGUCCUAAGAAAUGUCCAUAUGAAAGUCAAUAUAUCGAAUUUUUUUGUGGGUGAAAAUUGGAAAAUUCAUCCCGAUUGGGUUUACUGCAAGUAUCAUUACCUAGAGGGUCACGAAUUUAAAACUCCUGAAGCCGAGCUGAAACAUUUUUUAGGUAAGAUGGUACGUAAAGAUUGGAAAUGGGCAGAACAAUAUGAAGAUGAUGAAGUAGAUAGUGAUGAAGAUAAGGAGUUCAAUUGUGGGCGCGGAACAUUACACGAUGAUGCCUAUUACUGCAACAAAGAAUUAGUACACUUGUUAAUAUUCGAUGCCAAGGUGACUAAUUCCAGUUACGGGCAGUGGAAAUUUGAGAAUGAAGAAGAAAAAGCCUUAAUUGAGAGUUUCGGUGGUACACUACGUUUUGUAGCGACUAUGAGCGGUUUGACUCGUUGGCAAUUUAUUUACGGUGAAGUGGAGGUGGACACUGACAGAGAAUUUGGCGAUUAUCAUACUAAAGCUAUAGAUGAAACCUGGUACAAAAGUGCUAUAUUGCAACAUCACGAAGAACGGACCGAAAGUUUUGUUUAUUCGGUAAAGCAUGCACGGGAUCCCGAUGAAGAUAGUGAUUUGAAGGUGACAGCUUCUCAUGCUAUCUUCCCUAGAGAUGGUGGCAAAGAAGCGCCUGCUUGUGUUGUUGGUUUUCAAUUCUCGCAUGCUCUAAUGUUGGAACGAUUUUUCAAUAUUACUUCAAUAGAUAAUUGUAACGGUUGCAUAAAAACAUGUGAUAGCGAUGAAAAUGAAUGUUACGUCAUUGAUAAUAAUGCUUACAUUAUGUUGGCUCGCAAUGUUAAUCACACAGGAAAAUUUUUUGGCGAAUACCAAGGUGAUGUCAUGUUAGCCAUGGUGGAGAAAGAGAUCUUCCAAAGUAUAGAAGUCUACGAUUAUCAAGCUCUGUGUCCGACAGGGUCGGAUCAAAAUAGUGAAGGAAAUAUUUUGAGUCAUCCUUUACAGUUACUGACUUUGAGUUGGCAGUGGCUAGUAUCAGCAUUAUUCUGGUAUUAUUCUAAUAUCAAAUGGUGGGUGGAUGGAGCCCCAUUUUUAGAAUAUUUAGAUGAAAUUGAAGAUGAUUACGAAGCGGUCCCAGACAGUUUCUCCGGUGCACAGCAAAAAACCAAAGAAAUUAAUGAAGAAGGUGAACUCAUUUUCCAAGAGCCCGAACCACCACCAGUCUAUAUUAAUUGUGAUAAGCAAUCCACAUUGUAUUCCUUACAACCGAAUUCUUUGGAGGGUAUUAACGAUUACAUUAAAGUACCAAAUUCACGACCAUUCUAUUUGAAGAAAAUACCGAAUACAAAUUUAUUAUUGGUCGUGGUAAAUGUAUUGAUGCCCUCGAAGGGUGUACGUUUAACCACCGAACCACAACCUAUUGAAUACGAGACCGAAUUUCCGUGCUAUAAACUUAAUAUGAGUUUCUAUGAGCGACGACGUAUUGAGGAAUGCUAUACGGAACAUCCGGAUGAAGAUUUUUAUACUUAUUGUGGUAAAGCAACGUCCUUAAACUUGAAUUUUAUGACUUUUAUAAUGACUUUAUUUAUAAUUUUGUUAACACGUUUUAUAAAUAAUUGAAAAACGUUUUGUAUGUACAACUAUCUACAACAAAAUAAGAUAAAAACACCAUCUAGAAAAUAGAAGACAAACAACAAACGAUCUAUAUAUAGCCAAAUUUAUUAAACAACCAAAAAAAUAAUCAGGGAUGGAUAAAUAUUUUCCGAAGAUAAACUAAAUUUAAAAAAAAAAACAAAAAAACUAAACAAAACGGCGUCUAUAUUAAUAAACUAAGUGUCCAUCAUUGAAUAGGUUCUGUAACGAAACUGUUUCAGAUAUUACUACGAAUAAUAACCGACUAUAGACCCAAGCCAAAUAUAUUGUUUUCUAGAGGAAAUUUAUUUUUUAAAGCCAAUUGAAUUUUUUAAAAGGUUUAUUGUAAGAAACUGUUAUUUAGGAGAAAGUGAAAAGAAACUAAACGAAACAAGUAAUAGAUCCAUAUUCGUCUUUGGACGAAUCUUUUAUAUACUCACCGCCUUCAACUCAUACACAAAGAUAUUAAAAAGUAUAUUUAUUGUGCACAUGUUAGUUAGAGCGAGAACGACCAUCUUUGCAGCAAUCUUUAAAAUCGAUUUGCAACAUAUUUAAAUUAAUAUUUAUUGCUGUUUAUAUGUAAAAGGUUGAACUUUUCAAUUUUACCUUAGCCACGACAUUGGGAAAAUCCUGCCCAUUUUGAAAUUCGUUAUAUGGUUAUUAAUUAAUCGUCUAUGUCAAGUUUUAGCUCUACGCGUUUUCCUAGAAGCUGUAAACUGAAAAAUACACCAAGUACAUCGCCAACUUCUGGCGGUGCCAAUAGAAGUAUAACGCGAAAAAAUAAUAAAACUCAGAAGGCCCAAGUAAGCUAUGCCAACUUUCUUCACCUUAACCUUAUUCAGUUUCAUAUAUAAAAAUUAAGGAACACUAUUGUUUACGUUGUUAGUAUCUUCCAUAGCAAACAAAUUAAAUCAAGUAAAAAAAGCGCUGUAAUGAGUGGGUCACAUGGCACACUGCAUUAUUCAUAUGGUGAUUUUUUAAAGUGUGUAGUGUUCUAAGUAAAGUGGUCGAAAAGUGAUCAUUGGGCCGAAACAGGUCAAUGUACCGAAUUCCAUCAAUAUAUCUCAAAAAGACAGACAGACGGACAGACAAGCUUAAAGCGAUUCACAAAAUGACUCUGAAUCAAUCGGUGUAACAAAAAGUGGCUACCACAAACUUAAUAUACGCUUGUGCCACGAGUGGUCUGAAGCGAGCGGUGUUGAAUCAGGUUUAACUUAGGCAGCGAUGUUCUGGACAGCUUUGAGAAAUAUUAGUGGUAAACAUCUGCCUUAUUUCUUUUUUUUUUUUUUGUGCAAAUGUUUGAUAAUAGAUCCACCCAGGGUUUGCAAACUUCAUCUGCCCACCUACAACACCGUGUAAAUUUUCACCUUUGUAGUUUUAACAAGGGGCAGACCGACAGAAAGAAGAGAAUCUUGUGCACAAUGAGCACAUUUACAUUUGUGGUGCAUUUCUGAAGAUGAAAUGAUGAAACUAGCAUAUCUUUAGCUAUCUAUCGGUAGUGAGUAUCAAAAA